AUGAAGCUGCUCGUUCCAGUUUUACUUGGAGGUUUUUCGCUAGCCGCGAGCAAGCACAGUCCCAAGCGUUACCAGCGAAAGGAUAUUCGGGACGAUGAAGCUCGCCUUGGCCUUCAAAAGCUGGGAUUCAGUCUUUUGGAAGAAUCAGACGGCAAUGGGCUAGUAUCCCCUCUUUCUCUGGCUGGUGUUCUUCACUUGCUAGCCGCUGGAGGAGUUGGUAAUACAAGAAGCGAAAUCUUGGAAAAGGCCCUUGGACUCGACUACGAAGAGUUCAUUAAAAGUUCAAAUGGCAAGUUCCAAUACAAUUGGGUCGUGGAACCGCAUAACUGCGUGAUGGAAACACUGAUAGAAAAUUCAAAAAGCGGAGAUUACGAGUUUGAAAGUUACACUGGUCUCUUUACGAAUUUGGAACAUGAUGAUGUUAUCAACCCAUGCAAAGAUUGGAACGACGAUUCCCCAUCACAUCAGUGCGUGAUCAAAAAAGACUUUAUCAAGGAGUAUCUUGGCGAAAACAAAAAAAUCGACUUCCAGGGCAGCUACGAUGUUCUCGAAACAGUAAAUGAAGCGGUAAACAAAGCAACGCGAGGCAAUUUCCCAGAGUUUUUGGAUAGCUUACCGCCAAAUACGCUUAUGGUUGCUUUAUCCGCCCUCUACAUUGAAUCUAACUGGUACAACAACAAAAUCCCGGCACAGUUUUCUACAAAAAUGUUCGACGUCGUAAGCAACGGUGAAAUUCGUCGAAAUCGCAACAACUACUGUUUCCACGGGAGCUCAUCGCGCUGCGAAGCUCCCCAAGAAUGGCUCAAAUCGGAGGAGCUUCCCUUCGACGUCUACAAUGACGGCUCCGUUCUCGUCAUCGAUCUCAACCUCAAAUCUGGCAGCGAGCAAGACGAAAUCAUCUUCACGAUCGUCAUGCCCGACGACAUGCGUUCAUUUGACUACAGAUCGAUUUCUCCAACGCUGAAAAAGGCGCAGUCGGUUUGGCAAUCGCAAAGCUUGGAGGAAAAAUGGGCAGUGCUCAACAUUCCCACCUUUGAAAUCAAAAUGAAAGAGGAUAUGAUCGGGCAGUUGAGAAGAAUGGGCGUUCACGCAGCUUUUUCGCCUCAGAACGCAGAUUUCUCCCACUUAUUCACGGAUCACACCGACUCGCCCUUUGUCAAGGUUCUGCAGCAUGCAGCAACGUUUUCUGUCAGCAAAGAUGGAAUAAAAGCUAGUGCAGCUACUGCAGCUGUUUUCGCAACGAGAAGUCUAUCAACUCAAGAUGGCAAGAUGAUCUACGUGAACAAGCCCUUCUACUUUAUGCUCUCGUCGCGUUCUACUGGAAAGGAACGCGCCCCUCUGUUCGUUGGGAAAAUCUCAACCCUCGUUUGA